GCCGCCUGGCAGGGCGGCGGUGCCGCGGGAGCUGCUCGGUGCCGCCGCCGCCCGGGAGGGAGGUUAUGUAAGGGGGGAGGGAGGCGGCGGGAGGAGGAGCAGGACGGCUCUCGCCGCCGUGCAGCCGCCGUGCAGCCGCAGCCAGCCGGGCCGGGGCGGCCGCAUGUGCGAAGUGGGGACGCGGCCGCCGCUGGCCGCCGAGCGCGGGGAGCCGCCCGGGGGUGCCGCCGCCGCCGAGAGGUGCCGAGACAUGGGAGAACAGCCCAUCUUCACCACCAGAGCCCAUGUCUUCCAAAUUGACCCCAGCACGAAGAAGAACUGGGUUCCUGCAAGCAAGCAGGCUGUAACUGUUUCCUACUUCUAUGACAGCACGAGAAACAGCUAUCGGAUUAUCAGUGUGGACGGAGCCAAGGUGAUCAUAAACAGCACCAUCACCCCAAACAUGACCUUCACCAAAACGUCGCAGAAGUUUGGGCAGUGGGCAGACAGCAGAGCCAACACCGUGUUCGGGCUGGGCUUCCCCUCUGAGCAGCAGCUGACAAAGUUUGCAGAGAAGUUCCAAGAAGUAAAAGAAGCUGCCAAACUUGCAAGAGACAGAUCUCAAGAGAAAAUUGAAACCUCAAGCAAUCAUUCACAGACCAGCUUUGCAGCCAAGAUGAAAAGGGAGAUGCAGGAGACACCCAGUGUUCGUUUGUGUGUUGUGCUGCAGGAGUCUGGACGUGAAACACCAUCUUCCACUCGAGCUUCAAGCGUGAAUGGCACAGACGAUGAGAAGGCAUCACACGGUGGCCCUGCUGAGGCACAUCUCAAAUCUGAGAAUGAUAAAUUAAAAUUUGCUCUAGCCCAAAGUUCAUCCAACGUGAAGAAGUGGGAGACGGAGCUGCAGUCGCUGCGGGAGAGCAACGCGCGGCUGUCCACAGCCCUGCAGGAGUCGGCGGCCAGCAUCGAGCACUGGAAGAAGCAGUUCUCAGCCUGCAAGGAGGAGAACGACCAGCUGAGGGGCAAGAUUGAAGAACUGGAGGAACAGUGCAAUGAAAUAAAUAAAGAAAAGGAAAGAAAUGCACAGUUGAGUAGACGUCUCCAGGAACUGGAAACAGAACUUCAGGACAAAGAGCUGGAACUGGAAGAGCUCCGAAAGCAGGGUGAAAUUAUACCAGAGCUAAUGUCAGAAUGUGAAUCUGUAUCUGAACAAUUACAGGCUGCUGAGAAAAAGAACAAAGAUCUUGAAGAGAAAGUCAGAACGCUAAGGACAGAAGUUGAAGAGAACAAACAUAGGCAGACCAACCUUAAAACUGAAUUAAAGAAUUUUUUAGAUGUACUAGACGGGAAGAUAGAUGAAUUACAUGAUUUUCGACAAGGACUGUCUAAACUUGGGGUUGACAAUUAGAUGGCAAUAGAUCUUUUUUGUAAUCUAGGGUCUGGAUGUUUGAUGUUUUGUUGAUCCCAAACGUGUGUUUUACAAAAUAUAACUAGAAUGUUCCACUUGUUUGCAUUGGUUUUGUACAUAGAGGCUGAAAAUUUGCUAUGGGGUUUUUUUGGUGGGUUUCUUUUUUUUUUUUUGUUUCUUUGUUUAUUUACCAAACCAAUCAUGCUGCUCACUGAAUUCUGUUGCGAUUAGAAACUUUCUCUAUUGCUGCUCUGGCUUUGUGGGGUUGGGAACAGGUAGAGGGUUCUGUCUCAGGAAUCUGGAACUAGAUCUACCUUAAAAUGAAUAUGCAGUUAGUUGUUGCAGGGAAAUUUAUAUCUUUCUUAAGGGCUGUUGCAACCAUAGAAACAGAAAAGAAGUAAUUUUCUUGUCGGACUAUCAGUACUCUUAGCAGAAUUGACUUUAUUCCGUGGUGGAGCAGAGAGAUUAGCUGGAACCCCUGCAGUUUGUAAAAUGUGCCUGUGAUGAGCUGCAGUCAGGAGAAUCACUUCUCACAGAUACCAGUACCUUUAGGGACCAUGUCAAUCAGGCCAAAUUCAGCCAAAAAAAUGCAGUGGAUUUCAGAUAGCCUCUGAUAGAGGUUUCAUGUGCUUGCCUGGACCCAUACAGCACAAAGUCAACAAUGCAGAAAUGAGUUUCAGCUCGUGAAGUCAUGUGUCUCACCAGUCAGUGAGAACAGCUUCUCUUGCUUAGCAGCAUCACCUCUCUCUGGCCUUCAGUUUUGGACCCAUGUAGUUCCAUCAUUAUGUGCAUCUCUGAAAAAUGCCCACCUGAGUCUGGGGACCAGAUACUUGUUUUUAAAAGUGGUGUGUUGCUGGUUUGCAGGACUCAUGCCCCUCUGCGUGCAGCUUGAUUGUUGUUGAUCUGCAGCAGUGGGGAAGGAGACGGAUCUGAGAAGCAUCAUAAGGUUACUGGAAGGUGUUGCUCAGAAGCAAAUUUCUGCCCAAGAGACUGGCAGGGCAGAAAUUUGAGAAAUUAAGAUGCAUGAGAAAUUAAAAUCCUUUCCUAGGAUUUCUGCUUUCUCUGGCAGUAGGAUAGGAAUUAGUCACCAAGUUAGGUUGUACCAAAAAAACCCCCCUCAACCCAAGAGGCAGAAAUGUUCUUUUAUUCUUGAACUGAUUAUUCAGCAGCUCUAAGCGUGUGUUGAGAAAUGCAAGGUCAUACCCUGGCCUUCAGUGAGAAGGAAGUUCAGUUCAUCACAGACAGGGAUGUAAAAAGGGUGAGAGAGGAGAAUCCAGUCCAAACCUGGCUCUUUCCCCCAGGACUUCCUUCAGCUUCUUUGUCUUCUUUCUCCAUAACCUGUUUUGAGGGUGUUUAAUUAAUUAAUUAAUUAAUUAAUUCAGGAAAGUACUUCUGUGUACAUGACAUUGUAAUUUGCUUGAUUCAGACGACAGUUUGGCUAAGCACUGUUUUAGUGCUUGCCAGCAGGGACUGAUAUAAAAUGGCCAUGCUUUUCUUGGAAUUUCAGGGCUUUUUCCUUUUUUUGGCACAUCUUGAUUAUUAAAGUGACCUUUAAAAGAAAGGUGGGUUGCAGAUGAAACAUGCAUUGAAUAUUUUUUUGCAGAUGAAUGUAUAAUCCCCGAGGUGGAGAUAGGAUCUGCAAUUGUCCCUUGAAUUUUCAUUUCAUCUGUUACUGUUACAUUAUCUUCAUUGCCUGUUUUUUAGAAUGGACUUCGAGUAUUUUUGCUUUUACUCCUUUGAAACAAUGGAUGUAAAGCUAGGACAUUUCAUAAGCAUUAUGACCAUUGACGUCUCUUUUUAAAAAAAAAUAUUUAGGCUGUUGAUAUUUAAAAAUAAAAAUAAAAAUCAGGUACAUAGCAUGUAGGCGUGUGAAAAUUAGACUUUGCCAGCAUGGAAGAUUCAACAGUUGUAUAAUGUGGGGUUAGAUCAGACUUCUCAAAAUUGAAAAUGACGUCAGCAAAUGUGUGGUCGUGCACAAGUAGUCUCCAUUUUUAGUCUUUUUUAUUUGAUAGAAAGUCAGAUAUACACCAUAAUUUAGAAGGCAGCUCAUCCUGCUUCUCCUCUCCUCCCAUGCUGCUUUUUGGUCCCUGCAUCAGCUGGGAGCCACAGGAUAACACAACUAAGAGCUGCAAGCAAUACUGGCAGUCAAGGCCUUGCUCCUCCCAGUGCUUCAUUGCUUUUGCACCGAGGACUCUGCCCUAUCUUCCUUUUACUGCUGAGUGAUCAAAGGGCUUCUCUCUUUGUUUUAACAUAAAUUGUUUUUAAAAUGAUGCUGGGUAAAAGGAUGCAAAAGACUCUGAAAAAAUCAGAUUAUUUGGUUUAAUCCAGAUCUUUGUUUUCCACUUUAGGUCUAUCUCAGAUCCAGUUCAUUAGGAAUGUAUUAAGCCACUCUUAAAUUGCAAGAGAAGUGUUUCCAUGGGAUUGCAUCAAUUAAACAGAUGGAGUUUGAUGGCGGCACAUUAAGCCAGUGCAUAGCUGUGGCACAGGCAGUUGUUUCUGGGUGCUUAGUGCCCACCAGAGGAGCAAUGGAGUGUCCUUAAAGAAAUCCCUGCCCUGUCUCUUCUGUCUUGCCCCAGAUGUAUAUAUCUGUUUGUACCUGCUAUUACUCUGAUGUUGAGUUCUUAGGGAUGCCUGUACACAGCUUUAUGCUGUGGGAAAUUCUGUCCUUCAAGCCUCCAAGGGCUUGUUUUAAUUGCCUUCUUUCUUUUUCCUUCCCAACAGCAUUAAGUUGAGAGCUUCUAUGUAUAAUCACUUAAACUCCCCAAAACGCCAUCUCUUUUAAGCUUUCCAUCUCUUGUACUGGAUUUUUCCUCUUCAAGAGAAAAAACAGAGUGGCAGUGCAUGCUCUCAGGAGCGUUUGGGCACCAACUGCAGCUCCCUCUCUGGCCUGUCCCUGUCCCUGUGUCCACCCCAGGGGACUGAUGGUGUCACACACUGCCUAUUCCUUGGUGCUGUCUGGUGGCCCAGCACUAACCCGUGUGCCAAGCUGAGAGCCUCACACUGCUCCACUGAGACUCAUCCCAGCACUGAAAUGCCUCCUCUGUCCUGAUGGGAGCACCAGGACAGCCAGCCUUCCCCCACCAAAAUGCACACACCAUCCUGUGGAUGCACUGACCCCCCUUUUGUGCACAGCUGGAGUUUCACCUGUCCCUGUGGGCACCUGAGUUCAGCUGGCAGACACCUGCUUAGGGAUGGCCCUAAAUACUGCCAGGGCCAAGAAAUACUCAUCCCUGUCCAAGAGAAGAUCUGCAGAGCUUGGUUUUACUUGUUACACGGUGCUGGGCUAAUCCUGGUCUCCCCGUGCCUGUCAGCAAUGCCUUGGUCAGUGCUCCACUUCCACCCAGCUGAGCACAUUUACAGGGGGCUGUACCUCACCUUGGGUGACCAUGAGUUCCCUUUCUGGACACAGGUUUCUCCCUCUGAGUGGUUUUUGUGGCAGGAUCUCUCCUACCUCACUUACAUGGUCUUUCCUUAACAAAGGACAUGUGCUUGGCACUUCCCAGGUGGGUUUCUGUCAGCUGCACCCCCGCGGGUCCUGCCACACUCCCAUCCUGCCUGCCUGGCAGCUUCAGCAAGAAAAAUCUGUGCUGGCCUCCUGUGACACCAGGACAGAGUGUGACUUGCUGACCUCUGGGUGAGACGCUUCUUUGAGGUGGUGUUAGAGCUGCUGAAUAAUGCUAGGGUUUGAGGGGUUUUGACAAAAUGAGAAAUAAACAGGUAUACCUCGUAUUACAUAAAAGCAAAAGUGACAUAAAAAAUUGAUGGAGUUAUUUUCAAGGGGAAAGAAUAUUCCAUUAGAUAUGUCACAUUUUGGAAAAAUACCUUAGUCUCAUAUUAGGAAUAAAUUAUUUCAAAAUGAAAAAAUGGAAAUUUUUUGCACAGCUCAGAAUAAAGAAGGUUAAACUUUUUGGGUUUUUAUUACUUGGCUGAAUCUUUCUUUGCCAAUUCUGACUCAACUUCACAAGUAGUUCUGUUUGGCCUAGAAGUGCGUUUUCAGCAAAUGCAGUACUUUGCAGUGUUCUGUCUACAUCUAAUUGGUGUCUCCUUUACUGAGUGAGCUCACUGGAAGAAAAUUAUCUUUUCUUUAAGAAGUUCAACACCACCUGUCAUUUUCUGUAUCCAAGCAUUCAAAAGAUGUACUUUCUUAAAACAGUUUUACACUGGGUUGAUCUGUGGCCAGAAAACAAAUUAUUAUUAUUUGGACAAUAUUUUUUUUUCUGGACAAACACCUGAUUCGGUUUUUAUGUGAGUGAUUUAGGGAGAACAAUUUUUUAUAGAUGCUCAUUGAAUUAAGGUGAGCAGGAAGGGUUUCUGCUGUCCUGCCUGCUGUCCCUGCCACUGCCAUUGUCUUACAAGGGUACCAGCCAAAGCACUUGUGGUGCUCAGGCACGGGCUCAGCUGCCCUGUCCAGUGAUUGCUCCGUGGUUUGUUGGGCACAGGGAACACUGGCAGCAGAGCACAAAUUGUCCAGAGACUUCUGCUCUCUUCUCUAUGCUGUUAUAUUUUUUUUCCCAAGUGUUAAUUUCUUUUCCUUAUUAAUUUUUUGCCACCUUUGGCUGCGUCAUAAGUGACAGAAGGAAAAUUCCCUGCUACUGUCACCAACUUGCUGUGGUGGGAGUUUCUCAGCUCUUCCUUAGGCUCUUCCAAAGAGUUAUCUUGGCAUCAAAGCAUCGAUGGUUUGUAAGGAAUGUAGUGCUGUCUUCCUGAGCCUGUGGAUUAACAAAGAUAAAACCCCUGUCAGGGUGAAAUGCCUCACUCAGCUCAACUUAGCCCAGUGCUAAAUCUGAAGAGAAGAGGUGUAAGGGGAGGCUGCAGCAGCAGCAGCAAUUUUUUUUUUUUUCCUAUUUUUUCAGCAGAGAUUUCAGUGAAAGAUGCGCUCUGCCCAUGAGCUUUCGAUGGCCACACCGAUCCACCAGCCCCACAACCUUUGUCCGGGCAGUCAGUUCUGGGCUUGUCAUGCCUGUAAAUAUCAGAAUUCCUCAGCAUAUCACACAGGGGUGGUGUCUGUGCAAGGACAAUGUCCACACACAGAGCUGGGAGAGCACUGCAGCCACGGCUCUGCCUAUGGGCAGCCACUUCCAGUGAAAAGUAGGAGAAGCUGUUCCUGCGCACAGGGCCUCAGCAGCAGCAGGGGCCUUGCAGAAGGGCAGGGCCUGCUCCCGGGGGCCUGAGGGGCAGCAAGGAGCCCCAGGCUGGGCCUGCAGGGUUGUGGGCGCAAUUUAGCUAUGGGAAGACAGAAAGCUACCCUAAGGUCAUUUUUCUUUCCAUGGAUGGUGUUCAGCGAGCACCUGUGUGUCAGGAAAAGCAAUCCACAGCCACAAGGUGGAUCCAGGCGCACCUGAGGCAGGGAGCCCCAGCUGGCCCACGCAGCCUGGCCAGGGAUGGAUGCUGUGCCAUGCCCCGGGAGCUGGGCAGGGCUUUAGGCUUUUAGGCUUCACUGGCAUGAAGUUUGCAUGUCUUAAAUACCAUGCUCUGCAGUAAAAUGAUAACUGAAAUAGAGUCAGGAGUUGAAUGAUAAAUGUGAUGAAGGUGCUUCCCAAAGGAGGGCUCUCCUGCAGGCUGUGGGCAGAGCUGGUUGUUGAUGUCCAGCCUUUGAUUUUCUACUGUGUUUUACGCUAGCUCUUCUUCUUUCUUUUUUCCUUUUUCUUCUAUUUUUUUUUUUUUUUUUUAAGCAAGUAGCCUGAACAUACAAUCUUCAGAUGAAGGUGCCUAUACUUCCAAAAAUUUUAUAUGCACAUUUUGAAAGUUAGUUAAUUUAGUUACCUAAUAAUAAUGGUACAUACAAGGAAGGCACUUGAGAAAAAUCUGUCUGCUAUUGUAUUUUUGUUUGGGUUGGGUUUGUUUGUUUUUUUAACACUGGUCAGCAAUAAUUAUUUUAGCCAUAUACUAGCUAAAAAGACUGAUAAGAUUAGUGAACUAAGCUUCUAAGUUUGCAGGAUUUUGAUUAACCUGGGUACGUGAUGAGGAAGCUAUGCUCAGUUAAAGAGUAUUUUGCAGCAUUUAGAUGUUUUCAUUUAAUUGCCUAAUAGUGAUCAUGAACAUAAUAUUCUAUAAAUCUCAUCAUGAAUGACAAACAAAGCACAUCGUUUUUAACAUGAAUAUAUCCCUUGUAGUUGAAAGUUCUGAGAGUGUACUAGUGUGGUCUGCUAUACCAAAAUAUUUAGAUUAUUAUGAGGUUUUAGUACUAAAGAUAAACAUACACCCUGUUUUUACUGUUUCAAGUAAAGUUUAGUGAAUGACAAUUUGUUGAUAUACAACUGUGGGAAAACACUGCAGUGCUCUAAAUGUAUAUUUUUAUUUGGGUUUAUUAUAUUUAGUAUAUGUUUCAAUGAAAACUGAAGUGUUUGCUACAGUUGGGUCAUUGUAAAAACAUCUCUUACCUCAUUUUGUCUGCUGUAAAGAAAUACUAUCCUCUUUUUCUUUUUUUCAAAUUGACCAUAGACAGUCAAUGUUAAUAUUUAGACUCCUAGUAGCAGUAAAUGCUGGGUUUUAUAUCUAUAAAAUGAAAACUUGAUUUUUUUCUUUAUGAACUUAUUAUAUAACUUUGUGAUUUUUAUCUGAUUUUAUUGUAACAUAAAGUUGUUUUAUGUAAAAAUAUAUAGUUUAAGUAAAA